AUGGCAUUGGCUCGGCGCAAGGUGUGCGGCACUCCCACCCCCACCCUCAUGGCGUUGCCUCAGAUGAUAGCUCUCCUCCUCCUCCUGUCUCGCCUGGCCAGCCCUGCCCACCCCACCAUCGAGCUCGGUUUCCCUGUCCGGCGUGGCCCCGUCUUGCUCUCCUGGAGCGACGGCGGCGGCGUCGUCCGGUCGUCCACGUCCAAUGUCCUUUUCUGCCGCGGCCCUUCCCAUGCCGGCCUCGGACAUAGCGACCAGGUCCUUUGCACUGGCGGGCGGCGGCGGCUCGAGCCCAAGAGGACAUCUCAAGAGACACAACCUUGGAGCGGCGCAGCGUGUCGCAGGCUCACAGCGCCGUGGCUCGGAACACGGCAACGAUGGCGUGGUUGUGCUCGGUGGCGUUCAGGCCUUGAAGGUGAGGUAGCACGCGAGCGGCUCCUCGAGGCCCUCGCCGACGCCCGGAUGUCGUCGUCCGCCGCGAUCAUCUCCGCCAUGCUCGCCGGGAAAUCUAAAUGUGAUGAGAACCAACGAUCAGCCAAACCCUCUGACAUAUCACAGAACCAAGACGGCGUCACUAGCUCUGCGACGGCCGUCGGCACGCACCGUCUCUUCCGUGCACAGUACGCAUUAAAUAAACCGCCGUACACGCACUGAAAAACUGCACGCGUCCAACAUCCCGAAGUGAAGCAACGUCUCACGAUUCAGUGAGCAGGCGAGCCCGUCCACGCCCAUGAAUUUUCGGUAGGUUGUUCUACUUUUAUGUACCGUCGCCUGUGGAGGAACUUGCCUGGUUUAAUCGUGUGAACUCUUGUAUAUUACUCCCUCCGUCCCAUAAUAUAAGAGAGUUUUUGACACGCUCAUAUAUUAUGGGACAGAGGAGUAGUAUCUAAGAUAAGCAGACAUUAGUCAACGUGCAUACCUCUAGCAAUGGAAGUCACUUAUGUUGAUGCUUGCUUCUGUCAUGUGUUAGGAGUCUAUCAGUUUAAUUACCAUUGUUGUAAUGACAUGUUUAAUGUUUUGUUAUUGCCAGUUCAUUUUGAUGUACUGCUGAUCCUGAGAUGUCAGUUCAUUUGAUCACAAACAUGUUU